AUGAAGUCGGGCUUCGAGGAAGAAGACCCCACCGCCGUGUUCGUGGCCGAUGGUGGCCAGGACUGGUACAAGCGGACGGUGCCCAAGUUCGAGGUCAGUGCAGUGUUCUUGAUGGUGCUCGAGGCAUCCACCCAGCAGGUAUAUGUCGAAAUUGAUGUCUACGAGGGCUGUGAGGUUCUGGGAAAAUCUCUCUACACUAUCUGGUAA